CCAGAAAUGUUUAUUUUUAUGAGAAAAGAGUUAAACUAGACCUUUGUGGUUAUAUUUCUAGCAAGCUUAAAGAAGAACUAAAUCUUAUUGUUGAUAUAUUUGAUUAUUACUUUGGAGAAGAAAUUAGUAGAAGAGAUAGUUUUAAUUUAAAUACUCUAAAUAAAGAACAAGAUAAACAGCUUUAA